UGACAAUUGUCAAACUCUUCUCUCCACUGAUUAAUUUUAAACAACAUGUCUGAGGAAAAAAUGUACAGGAUUGUUCUGCUGGGAGACAGUGAAGCUGGGAAAAGCAGCCUAGCAAACAUCAUAUUGGGAGAGGACAUAUUUAAGGUUGACAAUACUGAAUGUCAAACUAUGUCCAGAUCUGUUCAUGGAAGAAGGAUUACCCUGAUCAACACUCCUGAUUUCUCUGACCCAGGUAGAUCAGAGGAGCUGAAGCCUGAAAUACUGAGGUGCAUCACUGAGUGCACUCCAGGGCCUCAUGCUUUUGUCAUUGUGCUCAAAGUGGAGAAAUCCACAGAGCAGCAGCAGAAGGCUGUCAUUGAGAAAAUAAGCCAGUAUUUCUCAGAGGAGGUUUUCAAAUAUGCUGCAGUUGUCUUUACUCAGGAUGGCCCAGACUCAGAUGAAAUGAAGAUCAAAGAGUUCAUAGAUCAGAAUAAAUAUCUGAGUGAUCUGAUGAAGAAGUUCAAGAGCCGAUACCAUCUCUACAACCAACAGGGUGAUAACAUCAGCAACCAGUCUAAAGUUGCAGAAUUGCUCAACACAAUAGACCAAAUACUUAAAGAAAAUAAAGGAGAGUUUGACAUUAACAAGAUGUUGCCCCAAGGAGACCCUUGCAAUAAGGCUAACAGCAGUGGAUUGUGGGAUAGAUUGUCCAACUUUGCAAGGCCUGCAGCAGAAUUGGUCGCAAAUGCUUUCUUUAAGCCAACCCCUGGAACAACAACUGAGGCAGAGGAUGAAAGCAAUGAACUAGAAAGAGAAACAGAACAAGCAGGAAAAGGAAAAGCAGAGGAAAAGACAAAAGAGACAGAAAAAGAUGAAGAACCAAAUGAAACGGGGAAAGAAAUAGAAAAAAAACAAGCUGCACUAGAUGCAAAAAAAGAAGGCCUGCAAAAAGAACCAAAAAAAGGAAAAAAUAAAACAAAGCAACUAGUAAGCAAUGGAUUAGAUAUCAUGCUGACUGCCUUAUUUGGGAUCUUUUUAGCAGGAGUGGUCUUGGGGGAUAGAGUGGCAUUCACAAUAGGAGUCAUAAUAGCAAUACUGAUAGUAGCAUGGAUGAUGCCAAAAAUAAACAACCUACAAGAAUGGGUAAUGAAAGAUACAAGCAAAGUACCAGAAUGGGUGAUGCAAGAAAAAAACAAAUGGGUAAUACAAAAUUUAAGCAUAAUAGUCGAAUGGGUAAUAAAAGAAGUAAGCAAACUUGCAGAAUGGUUAAAGCAAAAACUAAGCAAUUGGGCAACGCAAAACAUGAUCAAAGUAGCAGAAUGGGUAAUGCAAAAAGUAAGCAAAGUUCUGGAAUGGCUAAUGGAAAAAACAAAUAACAUAGCAGAGCAUGUAAUAAAAAAAGUAAGAAAGUGGCUAAUGGAAAAAAUAAACAAAGUAGUAGAAGGGGCAAUGCAAAAAAUCAGAAAAGUAACAGAACUGGUAAUGCCAAAAAUACACAAGGUAGCAGAAGCGGUCAUGCCAAAAAUAAGCAAAGUAGCAGAGGUUGGUGGUGGAUUAGUUAGCAAUGUGGGUGCUUUAUUUGGCUCCUUUUUAGGGUUGGGGGGAACAAUAUUAGGGGGUGGAGCAGCGAUAACAGAAGUACUGAAAACAGCACUCCAAACAGCAUCGGACAUUAAAGCAGAUGACAGUCUCCAGGAGGAGCACCCUCAAGAGUCUCCACCCCUGGAUGGAUGA